AAGGAGCUGUACGGGUACUGACUCCUGUCACUGGAAAAGUAACUAUCUCUGUUACGAGCCACAUUACUGUUCAGUUGGGGAAAUAGUAAUAGUUGAGCAAAACAAUGCUUUAAAAUGAAUCCACUAGAAAAGAUGAGAUUUAUGAAGAGAACUCUGUGUUGGGAUUUGGGAAUCGUCUAUCUUGUGUUGAUCAGCGUGGUGUGGUGUUCCGUGUCGGAGAGGAAAGUAUGUCAGGGAACCAGUAAUAAGCUCACUCUACUGGCACAGCCAGAUGACCACUACAAGACCAUGGUACGAAUGUACAGUAAUUGUACAGUAGUGCUGGAAAACUUGGAGAUAACGUACAUUCAGGAGUACCAUGACCUCUCCUUUCUUAGGAGCAUUGAGGAAGUCGGUGGCUACGUUCUAAUAGGACUAAACUAUGUGGAUGUGAUUCCCUUGGAAAACCUGCGUCUCAUUCGCGGACAUUCUCUCUUCAAUAACAAGUACGCUCUUGCUGUGAUGGCAAACUAUCACAGGAACAACUCUUCGGAGAACGGCAGUAUCAUCAGUGGACUGAGAGAACUGACACUAAGAAACCUAACAGAAAUUCUCAAAGGUGGAGUUAAAAUAGCUCAUAAUCCUUUGCUGUGCAAUGUGGAGACCAUACAGUGGUUGGACAUUGUGGAGGGGAAAAAUGAUGUGAAUGUUGUUGGUGGGACUGAUCCUCAGUGCAGACGAUGUGACACGGGAUGCUUCAAUGGAUCGUGUUGGGCUCCAGGACCAGAGAACUGCCAGACUUUGACUCGGUUAAAUUGUGCUGAGCAGUGCUCGCGGAGGUGCAAGGGGCCCAAACCCAUCGACUGCUGUAAUGAACACUGUGCUGCGGGCUGCACCGGACCCAAACCCACAGACUGUCUGGCCUGCAGAGACUUCCAGGAUGAGGGGAUGUGUAAGGAUGCGUGUCCUCGUCUUAUGCUGUACAACCCAAACACACACCAACUCGUUCACAACCCUGACGGGAAGUACAACUUUGGAGCCACCUGUGUGAAGAGAUGCCCUUACAACUUUGUAGUGACAGAUCACGAUGCUUGCGUUCAAACCUGCAGUGGUAUUAUGCAUGAAGUGGAGGAGGACGGAAUAAGGAAGUGCAAAAAAUGUGACGGCUUGUGCCCGAAAGUAUGCAAUGGCCUUGGAAUGGGAGUACUUGCAAAUGUCAUGUCGAUCAACGCGACUAACAUUGAAUCUUUCAUAAACUGCACCAAAAUAAAUGGUCAUAUUAAAAUAAUGCAGACAACUUUUCAAGGGGACGUAUUCACAAAUACUUCAAGCAUGGAUCCUGUGAAACUCGACUAUUUCAAGACAGUGAAGGAAAUUUCAGGGUUUCUGUUAAUUCAAGACUGGCCUGAACACCUCAAGUCACUCAGCACCUUUGGGAAUCUGGAGAUCAUCAGAGGAAGAACUAAACAUCUGGGCACCGUCAGUUUUGCCGCCUUGAAUAUCCCACACCUGGAGUAUCUUGGCCUGCACUCACUAAAGGAGAUCAGUGACGGUGAUGUUGUCAUUAAGAACAACCCGCGCCUCUGUUACGUUGACGGCAGUUACUGGCAGAAGCUGUUUAGAUCAGAGAAACAGUACAUACGAUCUGGCAACAAUGCAGCAAUGGACAGCUGUGAGCAGCAGAACAGUACCUGUGACAGCAUGUGUGGAGGGGAAGGCUGCUGGGGCCCAGGGCCGUCCAUGUGUAUUUCCUGUCAGCACGUCAGCCGUGGGGGGUGCUGUGUCAGUCACUGCAACCUGCUGGAAGGAUCGCCCCGAGAAUACAUGUCAGAGAACAAGUGUUUGGAAUGUAACCCCGAAUGCAAGAUUCUGAACGGGACUGAAAGCUGCCAUGGCCCAGGAGCUGAUCAGUGUACUGAGUGUGCUCACUUCAAAGAUGGGCCGCACUGCGUUGCUCUGUGUGCCCAAGGCGUGCCAGGCCUUAAUAACCGACAUGUCUGGACGUACGCAGACAAAAAUGGACAGUGCCAGCUGUGUCAUGCAAACUGUACCCAAGGGUGCAGUGGACCAGGACUGGAGGGUUGUGAACCUAAAAGUUCUCACAUGCCUGUGGUGGCGGCUGGCGUAGUCGGUGGGAUGCUUCUGAUCAUGGUCCUCCUCCUCUUCAUUUUCGUCAUCUUCCGCAGACGAUACAUCCGGCGGAAGAGAACCCUACGGCGCCUCCUACAGGAGAGAGAGUUGGUCGAACCUCUGACUCCCAGUGGUGAAGCACCCAACCAGGCUCUCCUACGCAUCCUAAAGGAAACAGAAUUUAAGAAAAUCAAAGUUCUUGGGUCUGGAGCAUUUGGCACUGUCUUUAAGGGUUUGUGGAUCCCUGAAGGUGAGGAUGUGAAAAUUCCUGUUGCUAUCAAAGUUUUGAGGGAGAUGACGUCUCCCAAAGCUAACAAAGAGAUUUUGGAUGAGGCCUAUGUGAUGGCCAGUGUUGAUCACUCUCAUGUAUGUCGACUGUUGGGGAUAUGCCUCACGUCCAACAUCCAACUCAUAACCCAGAUUAUGCCGUUUGGUUGCCUGCUGGAUUACGUUCGAGAGAAUAAAGACAAUAUUGGUUCACAAACACUGUUAAACUGGUGCGUGCAGAUUGCCAAGGGAAUGAACUACUUAGAGGAACGUCGCCUGGUCCAUCGUGAUUUAGCGGCUAGGAAUGUGCUGGUGAAGACUCCUAACCAUGUGAAGAUCACUGAUUUUGGCCUGGCCAGACUGCUGGGUGCAGAAGAGAAGGAAUACCAUUCUGAUGGAGGGAAAGUGCCUAUAAAGUGGAUGGCACUAGAGUCUAUUCUUCAGUGGACGUACACUCACCAAAGUGACGUUUGGAGUUAUGGGGUCACUGUGUGGGAGUUGAUGACAUUUGGAUCCAAACCAUAUGACGGAAUCCCAGCAAGUGAGAUCGCAGAUAUUCUGGAGAAAGGAGAGCGUUUACCGCAGCCUUCUAUUUGCACUAUAGAUGUGUACAUGAUCAUGGUCAAAUGUUGGAUGAUAGAUGCGGACAGCAGACCUCACUUUCGGGAACUUAUAUCCGAGUUCUCAAAAAUGGCUCGAGAUCCAUCUCGCUACCUUGUCAUUCAGGGUGACGAGCAUAUGUACCAGCCCAGCCCGACAGAUUCUACGUUCUACAGGUCCCUAAUCAGUACAGAAGAUAUGGAUGGUGUUGUGGAUGCAGAGGAGUACCUGCUACCCAACAAAAGAUUCUUCAAUGGACCUCAAAGAGCCCAGUCUCAAUGUCACAAUGCAACAACAGAUGACUACACAAACAGUCUGAUUUUGCGCUACAUAACGGAUCCAACGCAGAAAGACAUCAUGUUGCCAGAGUACAUGAACCAAGAUGUUACCACUCCGAGCAAUAUGAUAAACCCAAACUACGAGAGAGAUGGAGAGGUGGAGAAUGGCUACAUCGACACCUACGGCAGUAAACCAGAGGGGCCAGAGUACCUGAACACUGCCUGUGCUACUUUCCCCUGCUCCCCAUGUCCUCAUCUCGACAACCCAGAUUACCAGCAGACCUUUCUGCCCUCUCCCGACACCAGUGUUCUUUUCCUGCCUGCAGAAGAAAACUUUAGGUACCUUGGGCUCAGCACAGCCCUGCAGUCCCAUGUGCGUUAAACAGGGAACUAAAUUAUGCAUUGCACUGCUUGAACUUCUGACAGUCCACACAACAUGUGUUCGUAUUGCAGCUACGAGUCUGAAUUUACACGUCGUUGUGAGGACGUUAUUCAAAAUAUGCUUGAAGGCAACUGCAGUAAUUAAUAUGUUCUUGUAAGGAGUUGUGGUUGUUUAGACAUUAAGCUGUGAGUAUUGUGUUGAAUGUCAAGCUAGAGUCCAUUUCAAUAUUUUUAAUUGCUUUUAAUAGUUAUGGUCUUUUUAUAAUGUGUGUAAUACACUGCAAAGAAUGAUGAUAAAAAAUUAAAAAAAAGUUUUCUUGAAAAGUAAAAGGAUGUGGGAUAUUAAGUGUUGUUUACACAGAAAUCUUAAAGGAAUAUUCCGGGUUCAAUACAAGUUAAGGUCAAUCAACAGCAUUUGUGGAAUAAUGUUGAUUAACACAAAAAUGUAUUUAGACUUGACCCUAAAAGAACAAAUCUGGGUUCCAGUGAGGCACUUACAAUAGAGGUGAAAGGGACCAAUCCGUAAACGUUCAAAAAGUAUAGCCAAAAGAUGUAAACAAUAUGCGUGUUAACAUGAUUUUAGUAUGAUAAAAGCACUUACUAACCUUUUCUGUGUAAAGUCACAUCCAAUUUUACAACUUUGUUGCCAUGACGACAUAAAGCCGUAAUCCCUGUAAUUCCACCAAAAUGUUUUUUGGAGGUUUUUUUUACAGCUCAAAUAAUACAUGAGUUUUAACAGAAGAAUUAAUGUACGUGCUUUUGUAAUAUUAUAAGCUUCAAAUUUCUGCAUUUAAACCCUCCAAAAAUUUGACCUAUUCACUUCCAUUGUAAGUGCCUCACUGUAACCAUGAUUUUUGCUUCUUUUUUUUUAAUUUUAUUUAUUUAUUUAUUUUUGUAAUCAAAAUUAUGGCACAAAUGCUGUCAAUUGAGUUUAAGUUGUAUUGAAUAUUCUUUUAACAAAAUGUAGUGAUGUUUAUGCUUAAAACAAGAAAAACAAUUUCCAAUGGGAUAUGAAAAUUUUGGAAAACCUCACUACAUUUUGUUUGAUUUCUCUGUAGAUAAAACUUAUUAUCUAGCAUAAUUUUGCUUCUGAAAAUAGCCUACGUCUUGUUAUAAGGAUGUUUACCUAUGUAUGAUGGAAAACAGAACAGAAUUAAUAAGUAAGGAAAUAAUUUUUUGCCUUUAAUGAAUGUUGUCUUUAGAAAUAGCAGAACUUAAUUUAUUGAAGUAGGAUCCCAAAAAGAGGCUCUACUGACAUAAUUUAAAAAUGUUUGGUUUCUUUUAUAAAGGGUAUUCUUGACAAUUGUACCAUAAAAUGUACCUGUGAAAGAAUAGCAUAUUCUCAGUUUAAGAAUACACUUUAAACUGCAUACUUGUAAAUACAACAAUAUAAAUUGGAAUAUCAACACAAAACCUAAAAUACAUCCUUUAUUUAUAGUCCACACUGUACAUACUGUAAAUGCUAACCCUGAUAAUACACUUGGACAGCCUUGGACUGCACUUAAUGGAAAGAUCUGCAUCACAAAAAUUAUUUUUUCAAAUGACUGGUGACCACCGUACACAUUUGGUUUUAAUAAUUCACAAGCUGGGGCCUUGAAACACUCUACACUAACUUAAACAAAACAAUGGAGGGGUAAAAGGACUUUUUAGUGUUGCAUUUUUAACCUAAAUGGCUCUUUCAGUACUUUUUCAUUCUGCUUUAUAGAGCGGAGUUGACAAAUCAGACCGCUUGUUUUUUUGUUCCCUGCAUGUAUGCACUUCUCAUACAAAUUACUCAUAAAUGUCAGAAUUACAAAUAACAGGCCAUUCUAAAUUUUUAACUCCUGCAGGAUCCAACUUGAAGGUUAUUGAAGGUUCUUACUGAGUUUCUUCGAUUAUGUUGGCCACAUUGAUAUUUACAAGGCAAUGCAGCAUUAUAAAAAUGCUCAGAAAAUGCUGAAUAUAUUCAAAAAGUACUUUUGAAUCACAUUUUUGGAUAGUUGACAUUUGGAUAGUGUCCUGCAGGGUGACACAUACAUUUUAGAUUCAUUUUUGUUUUCUUCUCAUUAUUGUAUAAUUAUAAUGCACUUUUAAAAAUUCAUUUGUCACAUCCCAGAACUAUGAAAAUAUGAUUUAAAAUAGCGAGAAAAUAAUUGUUGACCAGUAACAGCACCUAAAUCAUACAUUUAUUUGUUGUACAUCUGUGUAAAUUUUAACCUCAAAUCUUGAUGUUUACAAAAAGAGUUGAUAUCCAGUUAUUUCUCAACUACACUUUUGCAAAUUGUUGUAUUUUAAACAACAAACCAAACAAAACACUGUAUCUGCAACAUAAAUGACAGUGAAAACUGAUCAACUUUGGUUUUGCAUCCAAUUUGAGAUGAUAAAGAAGUCAGCAUCAAUUUAGUAUGUAAAUGUACUAAUACUUCAAGUAGCACAAGUAUACUGUACUUUUCUGUAUAAAGCACCUGUGAAUGUCAAUCCUUUUGUCUGAUCCUACAUGUAGGAAUUUAGGAAUGUAAUUAUGGUUUAAUUCUGUAUGGAUUCUUUGUUACGUUGCAGUGUUAUUAAAUUGUGUUGACAUGUGAAAAUGCAGCCUUGUGAACUGGAACCAAUUCCAUAAACCUGUUUAAAAACACCCCUUGGCACAAUAUGUAUGAUGUAAGAUAACCCAAGGAAGUGAAAUUUGACAGAAUGCAGUAGCAAGUUUCCAGUAGCAUUCAUAAACAUCUAAAUACCAAUCCUAAAAGAUUUGUGGGU